AUGGACUCGGACGACGAGGAGGCGUUCGCGGCACUGCUGGAGGAGGAAGCUGAUGCCGACGCCCAGGAUGAAGAGCACCUCAUGGUCCUUACCGCUCUGGCCGGCCUGUUCGCGAGCAAUGCGAAGCCACGGCGAGGUGGCUCGGCGCCGGGCCGGCUGAAGGCAAAGCAGAGGCAUCGACUGGAAGGCUAUUGCUUGCUCUAUGCCGACUACUUCGCCGACGCUCGACUCCACGGCGAGAAAGUAUUUCGGCGCUGUUGUCGGAUGAGCCGGAAGCUCUUCCUUAGGAUUGUGAAUUCCAUCCAUGAGUUCGAUAGCUACUUCAAGUGCAAGAAGGAUUGCAUCGGCACACUUGGAUUCACCUCACUCCAGAAGUGCAUGACAGCUAUGAGGAUGCUAGCAUACGGAGCUCCCGGUGACUCAUCGAAAGACUAUAGACGCAUGGCCGAGUCCACGACCAUUGACUGUUUGUACAAGUUUUGCAGGGCAGUGGUGGUAGUGUUUGAACCACAAUACUUGUGA